AUGGCAGCCUUUUCUUACCUGCAUCAGUACCCCGUUUUUGUUGUUGACGAGUUUCAGCUCAAUCCAAACACCAAAAACGACGAGUCUAGUUUACUGCUAAAGGAAGAAACCAUCACAAGCGGAACUUUUUUCUCUCCAAAUCUUCCAUAUGAAAGUCUCCAGGAGAGCCCUUUACAUGCUGAAAGAAUCCUUGAAACCAUACAUGCUUAUGAGAGCAGCAGUGUGAAGGUCCCUUUCACUAGCACUAAACACUGCUGUGAAGAGGAUCAAGUUACUCAGGUGAUGACCCCUACAAUGGGGCAAAUGAGACAGCACUCACUGCCAACCAGAAAGGUAAAAAGAGAAAGCAAAGGUCAGAGUCUAAACCCAAAAAGUUCUGUCUUACAAGAUGCAAAGAAGGUAAGACCCGCAAAAAAACAGAAGAAAGUUCCUCCUGUUGAACCUCCGACAGGCUACGUUCACGUCAGGGCAAGAAGGGGUGAAGCAACGGACAGUCAUAGCCUUGCUGAGAGAGUGAGACGAGAGAAAAUCGGUGCGAGGAUGAGGCUAUUGCAAUCUCUAGUUCCUGGAUGUGAUAAGAUAAUCGGCAAGGCUCUCAUACUGGAUGAGAUAAUUAGAUAUGUUCAGUAUCUAAAGGGUCGAGUGGAGUCACUCGAAGCAGAACUUGUUUUUGUUAAUGGGAGGGUCCUUAAUGACUUUGAAGGGCAAUUCAAUUUGGAGACACAAGCAUGGCAGGAGCUAUUUACCUCGGAACUUCAAUUGAGUCCUGUUCUGGAAUCUGGAUCCUCUCAUCUCCCUUCGUUCGUUGAGACAGCAGAUGCACCCACUUCAUUUAAUGGCAAAAGUCUAUUCGAGAUGAUUCGAGAUAAUGAUGGCCAGCAGCCUUUAGAAAAAAAACCAAGCCUGUGA